GAAUAAAAAGUAUCUUUAUGAAACUGUUUCAUUACAUAAGUACCCAAACUUCUUGCACAAGCUGUGCUAUCACUGCUAUGCUGUUUAUUGUAUGACAGAAGUUUAUGGUUUUCUUAAAUCUGCAUGAUCAGCAUUAUUUUCUUAUUGCAACUGGCAGUCUGGCAUUAAUAAGUGUCUUUCUUGUCAGUUGUCACUAGUCAUUGAUGGCUUCACAACUUGGAAAAAUAGUUGUUGGCGGUGGAUCAGGAUUUAUUGGAUCUGCCAUAACAAGCAAACUUCAAAAGAAAGGCUAUGAUGUUGUGGUGGUCUCUCGCAAACCUGGAGCAUGGAGAAUCACUUGGGAGGAACUUUGUACAUCAGGCCUGCCUUCAACUUGCGUGGCUGUGGUGAACGUCGCCGGUCAGAACGUCCUCGACCCAAUGCGCCGGUGGACUCCAGGCUUCAAACAGAACGUCUGGGCAUCCAGAGUUGAGACGACCAGGUAUUUAGCUGAGGCUAUAAGGAAGACUGCAGUGAAGCCUAAAGUCUUUGUGUCGAUGUCUGGCGUAGGCUACUACCCACCCGGCACGGGCGCUGAGUUCGAUGAAGCCUCGGCUGGCGGCGACUUCGACUUCUUGUCGCGACUGUGCGCGGACUGGGAGGCCGCCGCCCGUCUUCCUGACGUGCCCGACGUUCGCACUGUCAGCGUUCGCACCGCAAUAAACUGA